CAGACCUGAACGUGCGUGCGUCUGGCACAAGUUCCACACCAGCGAUACACAAUUUAGUCGAUUUUCCACCAAUCCUCUUCUGUAGAAAAUAUUUCAGCCAAUCCAAUCCUUCGCCGUUAUUCACGGUAGAGGACCAAAGGAACGCACGAACAAAUCCGUCGCAACGUCGCUCUCGAGCAUUCCCGCAUCUGUCUGCCAACGAGAGCGCCAUGUACGGGGGGAACUCGCCCAUCGGGGAGAACGCGGGCGAGCGCACGCACUCGAACGUAUGGAAGGACACGUCGGAGGAGGAGAUUUACGGCAGCUACCUGGGUCCAGGCGACGCCGGUAGUGACGUGCCCAUGAUGCGCCCCACGAUGGCGGCUCGUCCUAGCACAGCCAUUCACCAGGAUAUCGCUGUGGGCCAAUUGGACGACACGGGCGCGGCUGGCGGAGGCGCUGCCAAGACGUACACGGGCCGUAAGGUCGUGUGGCCUGGCGCGCUUUUCUUGCUAGUGAUCACGGCUGGAGCACUCGGUCUCAUCACGUACUUUGGCGUGGAGGAAUACAAUAGCGCACAGACGCAGCAGUCACUGACCGAGUCAGUUACUGAGGUGGACAGGGAGAGGAAGGUCACGAGCGUUAAGAGCUGUUUGCUGCCGGAUUACUCCACGGCGGACGGCAAGAUCUACGCCACCGACAGCAACACUGGAGAGAAGGAACAGCUCGUGUUUACUGGUAUCAAUUGGAGUGGAAUGGAGAACGCGGAAGGCGUGCCUCACGGUCUCGCCACCAAACAGAGUUAUCUGGACGAUAUCGCCGCUAAUCUGUCGGACAACGGCUUCAACGCCGUCCGUCUGCCACUUAACGCGCAGAUGAUCAUCGACAACUCGGCGCCGAACACAAAACUCUUCGUCAACAGUCUGGACACAGAUCUCAAUGUGGAUACAUACAUCGACAUGAUCAAGAAGGUCGUUCAAGGUCUCGGGAAGCAGCAGAUCGGCGUGCUGCUCGACAUCCACAAGAUCGACCCCAACUUCACGGACGACACGUCCGAGCACUUGUGGUUCACGGACGAUUACCCCAUUGCCACCAUCUACAAGAUGUUCGAGACUCUGGCCACCGAACUGUGCAGUGAUCUCGAGUACAACAUCAUCGGCAUUGACCUCAAGAACGAACCUGUGGGUGGCUGCUGGCCCGCAGACGAUACCGACGAAUACUGCGACUCGGACGUCAAUUGGCCGCGUGCCGUCGAGACUAUCGGCAACAAGAUCCUCGCUAUCUGCCCCAACUGGCUCAUUGUGGCCGAGGGCAACUACGCGACCAACACAGUGGCCGAGAUCAACGGCGCCAACGUGACGUAUAACGACUGGUACGGCGCCAGUCUACAGAACGCCAGUGUGAACCCAAUCGCACUUAAGACGGACGGCAAGCUUGUGUUCGCCCCCCAUUUCUAUUCACCCAGUGUGUACCCAUCUUCGUAUUUCUUCAAGAAGCAAUCUUCGAGUGGGGACACCGUAUCUGUAACUGAAUACCCUAACACGACGGAGGGCAAUGUGCUGCUGAAGGCCGCUGUGACGGCUGUGCUGGACAAUGCCUUCGGUAAUGCCGUGACGGAGGUCGGUGUGCCCACGUUCUACGGUGAAUUCGGUGGUAUCUACGGCUCUGCGGAGCUGCUGGCGGGUCUUACGAGUACUCGUGUGAUUGAGAUGCUCAUUGAGUACGCUAACGAUAUGAACAUGACGGGCGGCUUCGCGUGGGCUAUCAAUCCUGAUGGAUCUUAUGACUUUAACGACGAGUACAAGCCUGACGAUCCGUGGCAAUACGGUCUCUACACGAGCUCGUCGUGGGAUGCGUACCACACGGACUUUGCCACUGGCUUGCAGAACUUGAAGGGUAGUGGCUCGUUCCCGUGUUUCUCGAAGACCACAACAGUGACGUCCUCAGGUUCCGGAAGUACAAGCGCCACCAUUACGACGGACUCAACGACCAGCGACUCAUCAAGCUCAACGGCCGCGACUACCGCGACUUCUACGGCUGCGUCUACCGCGGCUUCAGGCUCCGCUGCUGCCACGACUGCCACGACUGCGACGACGACUACGACGGCGUCUUCGGCUGCGACAGCGACUGCGAUUUAAAGGGGAUCGGCGGAAUUGGCCUGGAGUUUGGUGGCUUAGCCGCCUCCUUGUGUAAUAUGCAUCCGGCCACGCAGUUUUUGCCUCUAACUGCCUCGUUUUCUGUAAUGGCGAGGUUUGCAUAGAUUCUUCAUUUUUCGUCUUUAAUUCUCCCUAAAAAAACGUAAAAUGCUCGAUAAACGCAAGAGAUUCAGCGGUGUUAACCUUAUCGGAACGAAUGCAAUAGGUCUCUUGGGUAAGAGUAGCAGACAAGUGGGUCCUUCAAGCCGUCUUAAUCUUCUUCUGCUGUCGCUCCUGCUCAGCGCAAGCCCGCUUGAUUGCAGCGUUCUUGGAGAGCAGCUCGUAGUA